AUGAUAACACUCGCACUGUUCGUGUCACUCCUCUUGGCAGUAACAAGGCGUUAUUCUGGUAAGUGUGUCCAUUUGAUUUAUAACAUUUUCAAUAGUUAAUUUCAUAAUAACUGAGAGAUUUCUUGCGCGCUUUUUGGUCUUCGAGAGCUGGGUAGAUGUAAAUUUUUAAGAACUUUUUUUUAAGGGAGCUUACCUGAAUAUAUUGAGUGGUAAGUAACGCGGGCGCAUCUAGACACCCACGGCUGCCCAUGGUACAGCAAGUGUGGCUUCCGCCUCCAGGCACGGCUUAUAACACUUUCAACGACCUUGAUCAACCUCAUCCAAUAACUGCAUUGUUUAUUAUCGUUAAUUCACAAGAAUCAAAGGUACCCAAUUUGAUCCUUUUUAGCUUUGGAAUGUCUAGAAGAGUGGAGCGAAUUCGAAGGCUUUUGCUACAAGGUUAUGGAUAGGCUCGGUUAUCCGCGGAGAUUUGCCUGGUCAACAGCUUUAAGCGGGUGUUUGGGGUUUGGAGGAGACCUGGUAAGCAUAUUGAAUGAAAAGGAAAUGAAGUUUGUCCAUGACAUGGCUUUCAAGGACGCAAAACGCACUUCUGUUUGGAUUGGGUUGGCGUAUCGGCAUCAAAAGGGUGGAUAUGUAUGGAACAAUGGAGAAUCGUUUAACAGUUCUGUUUCCGUCCAUUGGCUCGGCAAUAUGUCGAGAACUGUUUAUGAAAAUAAAUGCGUCGAAAUCUUGAAAAGUGGCUGGAAACUCUCCAAAUGUUGUAAGGAAAAUGAAUAUUUUAUCUGCAAGAGACCGAAAGGUUAG